AUGAAAUUAUUCGAUUCCCUUACUCUGUUCCUCGUGAGCAGUGCAGUCUCAGCGCAUCCUGGCGGCGACGCCAGCGAAAAAUUGCGGGAAGCCCGUAGGGCACUCGCCACGGGAGUUUCAAACCUGGACCACUGUCACGCAAAGAUGGCAGCCCGCGGAAUUCAUGCCAGCGCUGUAGAACGUCGUUCUGGCCUGGCAUCCAGUCUGUCCAAAAGGGAUCUCGGCUCGCUUGGACGGCGAGGUUAUGACCCUGUUUGGGUGGAUCACGAGGCAAACUUGAGUUUGUCCCCUGCAACGAGCUUGUACGAGAUUUUUGCCGGCAAGCACUCUGCUGUGCUCUUUCCUGAAGAAGAAGAAGGCCCUUAUUAUAUCGAGGGCGAAUAUAUUCGUUCUAAGCUCAUCGAAGACCAGGAAGGAGUGCCUCUUACCGUGGAUCUGCAAUUCAUUGAUGUCGAGACUUGCGACCCGGUCCGGGGUGCCGUCAUAGAAAUCUGGAGUUGCAAUUCAACCGGAGUCUACUCGGGAGUUGUUGAAGCUGGCAAUGGCAAUGGCACCGGUGAUCCAGCCAAUAUCAAUGCCACCUACCUACGUGGCGCACAGAUUACCGACAAUAUUGGUGCCGUCCAAUUCACGACACUCUUCCCAGGCCACUAUUAUCCCCGCACUAUCCAUGUCCAUGUGAAUGUGCACCUCAACCCGGAGACGUUUCCUAACGGUACAGUUCGUGGAGACACCUCCGCGCAUGUCGGCCAGCUAUACUUUGACCAGAAUCUCAUUGCAGCUGUUGAAGGGCAAUAUCCCUACACUACCAACACUGCCCAAUUCACAUACAAUAAGGAUGAUUGGAUUGUUGCCAUGGAUGCUGCCCGUGGCUGGCAGGCAGACCCUUUCUUUGAGUACAUCAAGCUUGGCGAUGACAUUCAGGAUGGUGUGUUGGCUUGGAUUAGUAUGGGAGUGAACAUGAGCUACACACGGGUGGUAUCGUCACCUGCCACCCUGUACGCUGAUGGCGGAGUACAGAAAUCCAAUGUCUCGGCUGAGGAUGGCAUACCGGAGUUUUUGAGUUCGCUCAACGCCGUGGAGAGGUCGUCGUUUUUUGCGAACGUUGCCACCGAGACGGCAACUGCAACUCCUACUCAGACCUUUCCGGUAACUGCGACAGCCACCCCUUGGCUUUAA